CCACAACAUUUAGGUAAAGAUCACCGGAACGGACCCGGAAUCCGAUGGCCAGACGGUACGAUUAUGUGGUUCAGAAAAGAUAUUCAGUGCGAAGCAAAGCGAAGCUGAGACCGGAACUCGGUGUGGUUCACGGGACGGAUUCGGACUGAAAGGGUCCGCAAGAUUCACGCGUUGACACUCGAACUGAGCAUUUUACGUUUCUGAGAAGGCUGAAGUAGCGAAUAUCACGACAUUCUCUACUACAGCUCCAUGUCUUUGAUAACUCAGCAAAUUGCCCCGGAGCGCCCAAGAUUCGCAUGGGGGGAUUGGAAGGCAAGCACAUUGCCCGCACAGCUCGCAGGAGACCUUGGCUCUGAAAUUGUAUCGGCGACACUGAUUUCAUCUUUGCUCACAGCAACUGACCAUGCGGUUGUUGAGAAUGCAGCCUGGCCUGCGCGAAACCCAUUUGCACAGACGUUGAAGACGAACAUCAUUUGUUCGUUUCGAAAUCCAAGGCGGUUCCUUGGUACUCAACCAUUCAUCAUCAUCUGGACACUGUAUGCAGCGACAUAUGCAACGGCAAACAUAGUUGAAACCACAGCGAGGCAUCUGACUCAGCAGGCUGAUGAACUCUUGGUGCAAUCUGUUACAUUUUUGUCGACAAUCACGGUUAACAUACCACUAGGUGCUUGGAAAGAUGUACGUUUUGUCCAGAUUUUUGGCAGGCUGUCGGCACCGGGUGCCGCACAGAUAGAAGCUGCAAAGACAGCACCUCCGCCAGUGCAACGACCAAAAUUUCCCAGAACAGCGGCAUCAACCUUCCUCAUUCGAGACGCAAUCACCAUCUUUGGAGCCGUCAAUUUGCCUCCCAUGGUCUCAGUAUCACUGCAAGAAGACAAGUUUGCAAAUCCAAUGCUCAAAAUGGCGACGAUGCAGCUCCUGAUUCCAGUGUUCUCGCAGAUUUUUGCGACACCUAUUCACCUCCUUGGUCUGGACAUGUACAGUCACCCAAAUGGCGCGUCUUGAUGUCAAGGAUUAGACAGAACCUUGGAGCAAAGACUUUGGUUAGAUGUGCCAGGAUCGUUCCGGCUUUCGGUGUCGGUCUCAUUGCAAACACUGGACUGCGAGAGUACUUCCAUGUGAAGGCCGGAUACGUGAAGAAAGCCGCAUGAGACAGCAGCAUCUGAGAAAGCUGCCCUGCAGCAGAUGCGGAGUCCACACUCAAAAGGCAGAAACCAACAUAGAAUCAUGUACCCGCAUUCACCGGCGUUCUGUAGUGGCUACACAUGGCUUGAAUCGGAGGGUCUACACGCUAUUCCCACACAUCAUCGGCUUUCAGCCUCAUUUUGCCCUGUACAGCCAGCGACUGAGUCAACUUGGUAACAAGCCAUUCAAUCGAGCAUCUAAAAUUUGUUCGGGCCAAUUACGUGGCUUAGCGUGUCAGCUCCUGCACCCUUAGACCGAGA